AUGAAAGAUUAUGAUGAACUUCUCAAAUACUAUGAAUUAUAUGAAACUAUUGGGACAGGUGGCUUUGCAAAGGUCAAACUUGCCUGCCAUAUCCUUACUGGAGAAAUGGUAGCUAUAAAAAUCAUGGAUAAAAAUGCACUAGGGAGUGAUUUGCCCCGGAUCAAAACGGAGAUUGAUGCCUUGAAGAACCUUAGACAUCAGCAUAUAUGUCAACUCUACCAUGUGCUAGAGACAGCUAACAAAAUAUUCAUGGUUCUUGAGUACUGCCCUGGAGGAGAGCUGUUUGACUAUAUAAUUUCCCAGGAUCGCCUGUCAGAAGAGGAAACCCGAGUUGUCUUCCGUCAGAUAGUAUCUGCGGUUGCUUAUGUGCACAGUCAGGGCUAUGCUCACAGGGACCUCAAACCGGAAAAUUUAUUGUUUGAUGAAUAUCAUAAAUUAAAGCUGAUUGACUUCGGUUUGUGUGCAAAACCUAAGGGUGACAAAGAUUACCAUCUACAGACAUGCUGUGGAAGUCUUGCUUAUGCAGCACCUGAAUUAAUACAAGGGAAAUCAUAUCUUGGGUCAGAGGCUGAUGUGUGGAGCAUGGGUAUACUCUUAUAUGUACUUAUGUGUGGAUUUCUACCAUUUGAUGAUGAUAAUGUCAUGGCUUUAUAUAAGAAGAUUAUGAAAGGAAAAUAUGAUGUUCCCAAGUGGCUUUCUCCCAGUAGCAUUCUGCUCCUUCAACAAAUGCUGCAGGUGGACCCAAAGAAACGGAUUUCUUUGAAAAAUCUAUUGAACCAUCCCUGGAUCAUGCAAGAUUACAACUGUCCUGUUGAGUGGCAAAGCAAAAAUCCUUUUAUUCACCUUGAUGACGAUUGUGUAACAGAACUUUCUGUACAUCACAGAACCAACAGGCAGACAAUGGCGGACUUAAUUUCAUUGUGGCAAUAUGAUCACCUCACAGCUACCUAUCUUCUGCUUCUAACCAAGAAGGCUCGAGGAAAACCAGUUCGUUUAAGGCUUCCUUCUUUUUCCUGUGGACAAGUCAGUGCUUCCCCAUUCAUAGAUAUCAAGUCAAAGAAUCUGAGUCUGGAAGAUGUGACCACAAGUGAUGAAAGGAAUGUAGCUGGAUUAAUAGACUAUGAAUGGUGUGAAGAUUAUUUAUCAACAGGUCUAUCUACUCCCCAAACACCACAGGUUGCUAGAAACAAGUGCCUGAAGGAAACCCCAAUUAAAACACCAAUAUAUUCAACAGGAGCAGACAAGUUAAUGGCAGGUGUCAUUAGCCCUGAAAGGCGGUGCCGCUCAGUAGAACUAGAUCUCAACCAAGCACAUAUGGAGGAUACUCCAAAGAGAAAAGGAGUCAAAGUGUUUGGGAGCCUUGAAAGGGGACUGGAUAAGGUGAUCACUGUGCUUACCAGGAGCAAAAAGAAGGGCUCCGCUAAAGACGGGCCACGAAGACUAAAGCUUCACUAUAAUGUGACUACAACCAAAUUAGUGAAUCCAGAUCAACUCUUGAAUGAAAUAAUAUCUAUUCUUCCGGAGAAGCAUGUUGACUUUGUACAGAAGGGUUAUACACUGAAGUGUCAAACACAGUCAGAUUUUGGCAAAGUGACAAUGCAGUUUGAACUAGAAGUGUGCCAGCUUCAAAAACCUGAUGUGGUGGGUAUCAGGAGGCAGCGGCUUAAGGGCGAUGCCUGGGUUUACAAGAGAUUGGUCGAAGACAUCCUGGCUAGCUGCAAGGUAUAAUUGAUAGAUGGUUUCCAUCCUGCUGGAUGCAUGUGGGCGUGAUACAGCAUAUAAUGGUGGUUGGUAUGAUCAGUUUGAUUUUAAAGUCCGUUGGAGCUACA